CGCAAAUGUUAGACCAUGUUUAUCGCGAGUUUUAUCCAUAAAUUGACCCUACCUACCAACCCGAUAUCUGCCAGUUGUUCCCUGAGACUGGAUAAGACCGGAACGAACAUCAAAGAUUAUUCAGAAAAUAUGAUGGUGUACAAGGCAAUAUGGCUACCGUUAGUGGCGGUCCUUGUAAGUGUAGCAAAUUGCGUAACUUACAAGACAGUACGUACUCCAUCUGGACCCGUCAGAGGCAUUGCCAUUCAGAACAGAGACCGAUUAGUAUAUCAGUAUCGAAAUAUUCCUUAUGCUAAACCACCUGUCGGAGACUUGAGGCUUAGAAAACCAGUUCCAUUUGGUAGUUGGACAAAUGUCCUGGAUGCAACAUCGUUCGGACCGUCAUGUAUGCAAGAUCCAAAAUAUGUUUCAAACAUACUCGAAAAUAGGCAAAUGUCUGAAGAUUGUCUACAAUUAAAUGUGUACACACCAUACAAUGCUUCUCCUACGAACAGGAAAAGUGUGAUGAUUUGGAUACAUGGAGGGGGAUAUAUUCUGGGCCAAGGCACCAUUUACGACGCAUCAUCCCUCGCUAAUGUAGGAGAUGUUAUUGUUGUCACGGUGAAUUAUCGUUUAGGACUUCUCGGAUUUCUGAGUACAAUGGACGAUGCUUCGUUGGGAAAUUACGGUCUGUGGGAUCAGCGUCUUGCAAUUCAAUGGGUAAAGCAAAACAUCGCUGCAUUUGGUGGGGAUCCGAACUCAAUUACACUUUUCGGUGAAUCAGCUGGCUCCAUGAGUGUUGCACUGCAUGCUCUUAAUCCACAAAACCAAGGCUUGUUCCAACGCGUUAUCGGUGAAAGUGGACCUGCUAAUUCUCCUUUAGCAAUGAGUUUAGAGGCUAAGAAGGUGUCUAGAGGAUAUGGUAUUUUCCUCCACUGCAUAAAUGAACAUGAUGCAAAUGUCGACUCAUCUUUACUCGUUCAGUGUUUGAGAGGAAAAUCCGCUGCGGAAAUUCUAAGAGCUCAAAUGGAUUUAGACGAAGAAAAGUAUACGGACAAUAGGAUAGCACUGAGAGACGCACCUGUAGUUGAUGGCGAUCUUAUUAAAGCUUUUCCCGAAAAUGUAAUAUCCAAUAUCUCAUCAGCGGGCUCCAGUUUCUUCCGAUCCUUGGAUGCUAUAUUUGGCAAUACAGACGCUGAAGGGUCACUUCUGCUGGACAGCAACAUAAACGAUUUAGAACGUCAAUAUCAUUUUAAUGUUUCACUUGGUAUACCAACUCGAAUUCUAUGUGAUGUUCUUUCUCAAGAAUAUGCGAAAGACGUCUACAAUGGGAACAAGGCUGUCGCUGACGCCAUCUGUCAAAAAUACAGUCAAGUCGAUGGCAUUGAGCAAAGCAGAAAUGUCAUCGACAUGUACACAGAUGGCAUUAUGGUAGCCCCUACGGUCAGCACUCUCGACUGCCACUCAUCUCCUGGAUUGACCAUGGGCAGGAAUACAUUUCAGUAUAUGUUCACUAAGGAACCACAGGGUACGAACGUACGCCCUUCUUGGUUCACUGGGGCAAGCCAUGCCGCUGAACUUUCCUAUUUGUUCACGUUUGCUGGUUCCCAAGCAGAUGACCCAUUGCUGUCUUUGAUCAUGAUGACAUAUUGGGCAAAUUUCGCUAAGACCGGUUCACCAAAUGGUCCUGGUCUUCCUCAUUGGCCAAGAUACGACCAGGUAGCUGGGCUCUACCAACGAUUUGACAGCAAUAUAUCGCCACAAUAUCACGUGACACUUGACAGGGUCCAGUUCUGGAACCAAUACCUCCCAUCAUUAGCGAAGAAUACUCCAAGUACAGUCGUCGGAUAAAAACAUUCUAACAGCCAUCCUGAUUAUAUUUGUUAUGUUGACAUCAACCAGAUUAUUACAUCGUCGUUAUAUAUACCGUGAUUAUCAUAGACUUCUGUUGAAAAAAACAUUUUAAGAUGAUGAAAUAAUGUACAAUUUAAUUUAAACAUCCAGGUUUUAUUUCCCUUCAGUGUUUAGAAAAAAAGUAUUAAACAUUCAAUUCUU